AUGCACACUUCGAUGACCAACACCUUGAAGUUGAAGCCAUUCCCCGCCGGUCGGCAACGGACCCUUGGCCAGACUGGAGCACAACAGACCGAGGAGGAGCUGGAUUCAGCGGGUCAAGACCUCCUUGAUACGCAAGGAGAUGUUUCUACGCCCAGCGAUGAAAGCCAUGACAGCGGACAAAGCAUUCUGGAUCUUGAUCACGAUGGCACGGAGCUAGAAGACGGUCGAGGAGAUCAGAUCAGGUUUACAAUCGUCCGGGCCGCUACUCCGCAGUCACCUGGCCACGAACACGAGAACUACCGUGAGCACGCGAAUAUGCUGUGCGAGUGGUCUGGUGAAGUCAAUGAGCUGCCUCGCAUUGAUGAAUCCGACGCCCAGACAGAUGAAGGCGAUGAAGAACCCUCUACCUCGAGCAAUACCCUGAAAAUCGAACCGAAACGUCGAUCGUCCGAGACCUACGCAAGAACACUGGCCUCCGGUCGAGCAUACGGAAUGCGGCGCAUCAGUUCGAUGAGUGAGAUGUUGCGACUCAAAGGCCGUCUUCGAGUCCCUGCUCUUCUAUCACCAAAAGCUGCACCUGCGUGUCCAGCAAUCACUGCUUGCAGCAUCCGCAUCUUCGAGCCGCCGAGGUUGAACACAGUAUACGAGUCGCCCUCCGAAUUCGAAGGCAAGCAGACAGCCCAUACAGUGCAAUCGGACCAUGGCACCGUUCGGAUGGUUUGGGAGGAGCCAGCAAAUUCGGCUUCCAGCAGUGUAGCGACAGUGUUGGUAGAUGACUCUGUCGGAGUUGCACCCGCGGACGAUAUCGAAGAUCAUGUUGUGCCCCCUUCACCAAGAAUGGAGCGUGUCAAAACCAAACUCACCGUCUGGUCGUGGGAGAGGGAAUUCGGUGAUGAGUCGGACGACAGGCCUCCAUGGUCACCACUCAUUGACCUGAGCGACGAGCGGUGUCGUGUAGUCAAUCGACAAUCCGACCACAGCCCACUUUCUGAAGCACCGCUAGCACCACCAAAUACAGCCCGUCAAAGUGGUCAGUCCUCCGCGAAGCAAUCCGAACCUCAAAGCCCAGCGCCAGAACUCUCGGAUGAUUCCACCGAAGAAUCCCCCAUCGAACUGAGAAUACGUCCAAAGUCGCAGACCGCACUGCCGACACGCUCGAACACUCCAGAGAACCUCUUUCUGGCACCACCCCGUCGAAGCAGCCUCCCCGCCUCCCCAAGCAUCGCCAGGAACCUCUCCAGCCUCGGCACCGACGACAUCCGAUUCCGCUCCCACCGCGACUCGGUCGAAAUUACCCACGGCCACAUCAAACGGCACGAAGAAGAGGGGCCUAUCAACCAAGAACUCCUCAACUCCCGCGACUCCUUUGACCUCACGAAAUCGAAGAUGGCGGCAAGGUACCCGCGAGCGCCGACACCUACCAUUCACAGAUCGAGACUUGUGGUGAUGAGACCUAUUGCCGAUGCGAGUCCGCCUACUUCGAUGGCGAGGUUGCGACCGCAGCCGGAUGAGGAGGAGAGGCAUCCUGAUGAGCAUGAUAAUUGUCCUAUUUGUGAGGAACAUCGGCCGAGGUGGUUUGAGUCGAAGCACAGGACGUGGUGA